AUGGCUAGGAAUGGUAUGAGUGCCACAUUGCAAAAGCCACUGUAUGCUUCCCCGUUGGCGGAGUUUAUUCUCCAAACUGAGGCACCUAGAGGAAUGAAAGUGCCUAAGUACACUAAGUUUGGGGGAGAAUCUGGUGAGUCGACGAUAGAGCAUAUUGCCAGAUAUCUAACAGAGUCAGGAGAUUUAGCUCAUAAUGAGUGUUUGAGGGUAAAAAACUUUCCUUCCUCUCUGACUAAGGCUGCCUUCACAUGGUUCACUUCUUUGGCCCCAAAGUUGUCUAGUAUUAAGAGAAGGUUUGUUGAGAGCAUCGACGAUUAUCUGAAUAGAUUCAGAUCAUUAAAGGCCAGGUGCUUUACGCAAGUACCAGAACAUGAACUUGUUCAGAUGGCUGCUAGGGGGUUAGAUUAUUCCAUUAGGAAGAAAAUAGACCCUACUUUUAUGAAGAGUAUGUCACAAUUAGCUGGUAGAGUUCGACAUCUCGAACGGCUAAGGUUAGAAAAGGUUAGACACAAUAAGGCUAAGAGAGAAAAAGUAGUGAUUGUCGACUAUGAUGCGACAGAUCCAAUAUAUGAGGUUGAUUUUGCCUCAUCGACCGAAUUAGAAAUUGACGUGGCUGAGUUAAAGCCAGAAUCUGCCUAUGAGUGUCGAUCAUUACUUCCUGCGCAAGGAAAAAAUCCUGUCGAAAACAAUCCAUAA